AACGUCAAUCGUUAACCAUCGGACAGCGCUAGCUCUAAUCAUUCCAGUGUAUUCAUUUCCAAUUUAUCAGUUAUUGCGUAUCGACGAUCGUGUAGAUAGCAUAUAAACACGAGUUUAUCAUCGUAAAUGUCAUUAGUAAUAAUGCUAUCAUCGACGAGCCACUGAGCCCCUCGAACAUCUGAGCAACUGUCAAAACGAAACCGAGAAUUACACUGGUGUUCUUCGACAAAUCGUAAAAUAAAACAUUCGAAAUACUCAAGGAGAAGAGCUCAAAGGAGCUACAGUACAAUAAUGAAUCUAUCAUUUGCUGGCUGUGGAUUCCUGGGGAUUUAUCAUGUUGGUGUUGCUGUUUGUUUCAAAAAAUAUGCUCCACAUCUGCUGUUAGAUAAAAUAAGUGGAGCUUCGGCUGGAGCUAUGGCUGCCUGUUGUCUUCUUUGUGAUUUACCCCUCGGAACAUUCACGAGUGAUCUUCUGAAAUUAGCCAAAGAAGCGAGAAAGAAAGCACUUGGGCCCUUCAGUCCCUCAUUCAAUGUGCAAACUAUUUUACUGGAGAGUAUGCAAAAGUAUCUCCCAAAUGAUGCACAUAUCCGAGUCAGUGGGAAAUUACACGUCUCCCUGACACGAGUUUAUGACGGAAAAAAUGUGAUCGUGUCGCAAUUUAAUUCACGCGAGGAUUUAUUACAGGCUUUGCUCGCUAGUUCAUUUGUUCCACUGUUUUCGGGACUUUUACCCCCGAGAUUCCGCGGAAUUCGCUAUAUGGAUGGGGGUUUCAGCGAUAAUUUACCGACAUUGGACGAAAAUACGAUAACAAUUAGCCCUUUCUGUGGUGAAAGCGAUAUUUGUCCACGAGACAUUUCGUCUCAGUUGUUUCAUGUUAAUUUAUCAAAUACCAGCAUCGAAUUAUCUCGGCAGAAUAUUUACAGAUUUGCGAGAAUACUCUUCCCUCCAAAUCCAGAGAUACUCUCGAAUAUGUGUAAACAAGGAUUCGAUGACGCCCUCCGAUUUUUGCAGAGAAAUAACUUGAUCAAUUGUACGCGCUGUCUAGCUGUUCAGUCGACUUUUGUAGUUUCAGAAACCCUUGACGAUAAUGUGGAAUACGACCCCGAGUGUAAAGAGUGUAAAAUUCACCGUCAGGAAGCACUAGUAGCCAAUUUACCCGAGACAGUCAUGACUAUAUUCCAAGAUGCUAUUGAUUCGGCGAAUAAAGGCAUUAUGAAUUGGUUAUUUAAGCACAAAAGCAUCAAAUUGCUGUCAUUCCUCAGUCUUCCUUACACUCUGCCUUUAGAUGUCGUCUGUGCAACUCUCAAUAAAAUUAUGAUUAAUCGCCCGAAAUUGCACAGUGAAUUGAUGGAAAUAACAAAAUAUUUGGCGGAACAGAUAUUUUUGAUUAUUUCAAAAAUGAAUAUUUAUAAUGUCAGAAUUCCAGAAACGAUUGGCUACCAAUGGACGAUAGCAGAUUAUGAUUCCUCGAUUCAUGGGAAAAAAUCCGUAGAUGAUUCAAAUGAAUCAGACGUAAAACAAGACACAGAUCUCAAUUUGGUUCUGCAGUAUGAUGACAUGUUGUGGCAGCAGAAUCUUCACAAAUCAAGUUGCAUAAUAAACAUGAACGAAUUUCCAUCAAUUGACGAGCCCUUCGAUAAUAUCCUGCAAGUGACAUCCGACCAAGAAGCACUAAUGGCUUAUUACUACAUGGAUGAGAAUAAAAAAAUCCAGAGGACAGAGAUUUUUGACAUCCCAGAGAAAUCAGUCACCGACGCAACUAUUUCGAGCAAACAACGACCGACUUACGACGAGAUUCCCUGGGAUGAGCCUGCAUGGCUCACAAAACACAGCCUUAUCGAUGUUGAUUACUUCAACAACGAGGUAUUAACGUCAAACGCACACUCGUGUCAUCCCCACGAGGAGGAAGAAAAUCCAGAAACUAGUCUUGACACCGUCUCCGAGGCCUCCAUAGACGAAACCACAGUUUUUUCGGAUCCAGAGAGCGAGUGGACACCGUCUCUUCCAGCAAUUGCAGCCGCCACUUCAAGUACCUGUUCUACAUCGGAUUCCAGACCCGAAGUUGAUCAACCGACUCAGUGAAUUCCCCUAUUCAUUGAGAUCGUUAAAAUAACGAGAAAAAUCAGAGUGUCAGUCAGGGGAGGACGAUAUUAACGACCCCGGAAAAACCGAAAGUAUUCUCUUACUGAAUUAGCACGAUACGGUUGCAAGAAAAUAUCAACUCAUGGAAAAAUGGAUUUCGAGAGACGUAUCUUCAAAUAUAUAACGUAUAUUUAAUACUGGUGCAAAUACACACUGGAGAAUAUAUUUUGAAAAGUAUAGAAUUGGCCCAAAGCAUAGAUUUUUCUGCGUGGGACAGCACGUCGACUCGGAUCUUUACUUUGCAUGCAGCUGGAUCUGAAUGCUGGCGUGACGGUACUGAUGAAAAAAUGGCCAUGAUAAAUGAAUAACUCCAACGAUAAAUAACGAAUAACGCACAUAUUUCAAGUAUUGCACUGAAAUACUGGAUUCCUCGAUUUUCAACUGCUCUAUUUUUGAUGUACACGAUAAUGACGAAUAAUAUCUGUAAUUCUUGUAACAUAGAAUGCAAGAGCAAUGAUUGAUGAGAGAGUCAUUGCACUUCAAUUGUCUACUCAUCUACAUUAGUUUUUCAAGAGGACAGGGGAAUACCUCGGACGACUUGUUCACAAUAAUUCAUGACACAUUUUAUCGAGAACAGCUGUCGAUGUCAUGACGUUUGAAUAAGAUGAACAAAAUGAAAUGAGGCUUUAUAUUUGUGAUACUACAAUAAUGAUAAUAAAAGUCUUUAUAUUUAUAAUGA